GGAUUAAUUCACGUGUGUGAGAAGGCUCCGCUUGUCAGUCAGACUUUGAACAGGGCACUGGCGCUCAUCAUUGCUAAUCUCUGGCCGCUGCUUGUCGUCAACGACGCUGCCGCUGACAGUUAUCACCGACCAGCUCAGAAAUAUAUAAAUUAGGAUGAACGGUCGUUAAGAUAGGCAGGAAACCCGAGGGCAACACUGUAGGGACCGAGCGGAGAUUAAACGUUAGCUGCGCCGUUUAACGUUACUCGGGAGUUGCGAUGGUCCAGUUGAGGGAUAUUUUUUUAGCCUUGCUUCUUGUGGGCUGUACAGUUUCAUUGGAAGUGCAGAUCACACCAAGUCAGGGUGAGAUUAGUCUUGGAGAGUCCAAAUUCUUCAUGUGUGAAGUUGUUGGUGUUGCAAAGCAGAUAGACUGGUUUGGACCAAGCGGGGACAGGAUAGAACCGAACAGACCAGACAUAACAGUAACUCGUAAUGAUGAGUCAUCUUCCACCCUCACACUGUAUAAAGCUGGGAAUGAAAAUGCAGGGACAUACAAGUGUGUCGCUACCAAUGGAGACCAGCAAGGGGAAUCAACCGUCAAAGUGAAAAUCUUUCAGAAAAUCACCUUCACAAAUGCACCCUCACCCCAAGAGUUUACCGAAGGAGACAAUGCCAACAUUGUUUGUGACGUCAUCAGUUCGCCUCCACCCACUGUCCUUUGGAAAUACAAAGGAGCAAAAAUACAGAUGGAAAAAGAUGUUCGAUUUAAGGUGCUGAGCAACAAUCACCUUCAAAUCCGUGGCAUAAAGAAGACAGAUGAGGGCUCAUAUACUUGCGAGGGUCGCCUCAUGGCCCGCGGCGAGAUUGAUCUGCGGGUCAUCAAGGUCGUUGUCAACGUACUCCCGACCAUCAGGGUAUGGCAGUCAGAAGUGAAUGCCACAGCAGAUGCCGGGCAGCCUGCCAUGUUGACUUGUGCUGUUGAUGGCUAUCCUGAACCCAUGGUGACCUGGACAAGAAACGAAGUAGUUCUGGAGGCAGGAGAGAAGUACAGCUUUAAUGAAGAUGGCUCAGAAAUGACUAUAAUGGAUGUGACCAAGCUGGAUGAGGGCGAGUACACCUGCAUUGCCAAGAACAAGGCUGGGGAAAGUGAGCAGGAACUCAGUCUGAGGGUGUUUGUCAAACCUAGGAUCACGUACAUCGUAAACCAGAGCACUUCAGAGAUGGAGGAGCAGGUAACUCUGACUUGCGAGGCAUCAGGGGAUCCAACUCCUACCAUCAGCUGGAGCUACGGUGAGCGCGUCUUCACUGAAGGAGAGCAGGCACAUCUAAACAGGAUCUAUCAGGCAUCAUGGACUCGGCCCGAGCAACACAAGAGUCUGGAUGGAAAUGUAAUGGUGAGGAGUGAUGCUCGUGUGUCCUCCCUCACUCUGAAGUAUGUCAAGUACACAGAUGCUGGUCAGUACCUCUGCACAGCACGCAGUGCCAUUGGAGAGGAUGAUCAACCAGCAUAUCUGGAGGUCCGCUAUGCACCCAAGAUCCAUGGGGCAGUGGCAGUGUAUACCUGGGAGGGAAAUGCUGUCAAUAUCAGCUGUGAGGUCAAGGCUCAUCCCAGUGAUGUAUCUAUUGUGUGGCUGAGAGAUGGACUGCAGCUCCCCAACUCAAACACCACCAAUAUGAAGAUCUUCAGAACUCCAUCAUCCAGCUACCUUCAGAUAACCCCGGAGUCUGAAAAUGACUUUGGAAGCUAUAACUGCACUGCUUCAAAUGAGAUGGGCACAGAGUCCAAGGAGUUCCUCCUCAUUCAAGCCGAGGUACCAUCGGCUCCAUCCAUCAGCGAGGUGAGACCUUUCUCCACUACAGCACAGAUCCAGCUUGAGGAGCCUGAAUCGACCGGAGGUGUUCCUGUCCUGAAAUACAGAGCAGAGUGGAGGACUCAGGGCAGGGGCAGCUGGGUACACAGGGUUUUUGAAGUCCAGGAUGGCUCCAUCAGUGAGGUGACUAUCACAGGCCUGAAGCCAGAGACCAGCUAUGAAGUGAAGCUCUCAGCCAUCAACGGCAAGGGUGAAGGAGAGAGGAGUCCCGCUGAGUUCUUCAAGACAGAGCCUGUCCGGAAUCCAAAUCCUCCAAAACUUGAAGGGGCACUUCAACCAAAAGGCAACUCCCUCAAAGUUAGCUGGAUCAAGCAGGACGACGGCGGUUCGCCCAUUUUACAUUAUCUCGUCCGCUAUAAACCACUGCAGGCUUCAGAAUGGAAACCAGAAAUCCGGCUGCCCAGCGGCAGCGAGUACGUGGUUCUCAGCGGGUUGGAGUGGGACACGGAGUACAACGUGUAUGUGGUGGCAGAGAAUCAGAAGGGCAAGUCCGAGCCAGCAACCAUGUCCUUCAGGACGUCCACGGAGCCAGACGCCAUCCCAGACUUGGGUGAUGAGGCAGCGCUCUCCAUGGGCAUCAUGCUGUGGGCAGGAAUCCUUGUUGUAGUAUUUGUACUCCUGCUGCUGGCUGUGGAUGUCACCUGUUACUUUGUCAACAAAUGUGGCCUCAUCAUGUGCCUCUGCGGCAAAUCGGGCACUGGGACCAAAGGACACGUGGAGGAGGGCAAGGCGGCUUUCGUCAAAGAUGAGUCCAAAGAGCCGAUAGUGGAAGUCAGAACAGAGGAUGAGUGCGCAGCCAAUCACAAUGCAGCAGGACCCACAGAACCCAAUGAAACCACGCCUCUCACAGAGCCAGAGCUGGCGGCUUACACUGCUGCUCUGGCACUGGACACCCUCUCCUCCGUAGCCACCAACUCUGACACAGCCACUGCAACAAUUGACCCCGCUCAGGACAGCCCCUCUAGCGAGACCACUACCCUCACUUGUAGCCUGUCUACCCCCGCCAACGACCCCCUAAACUCCUCACCCACCCCUGUCCCGGCCCCGGCCCCGACCCCAGAGUCGAACACUGCCCCGUCGACACCCCUCAUCUCCACCUCCGCCGUCGAAGCUAAAAUGGUCCCGUUAGUAGAACGAAGAGGAAGUAACAGCCUGGAAGAACAGGAGAAAAUGGCCACCCCUCCUCCUUCUACCCCCGAAUGGACUACGGCUCAAAAAUCUGGGACGCCGAUACCACCGAAACGUAGACACUCUCCUAAACUUGCCGCUCUGAAUGCUAAAGGUAGCCCCCCUGUUUCUCCACUGGCAGCGUCUUCCUCAUUGUCCUCUGCCACCCAUGACACCAAGAAACCUGCUCCGAGCCCACCAGCCACAAAGCCCCCUGUGCAGCCACACGCUGUGGCUUUAGACACCGAGACACCAGCUCAAACUGCCUCCACUCUAGCAAGCACUGCUCCCCCCAAAACAAACCCCGAUUCAGAUCCAGCUGCCCCAGAUCCCAGUGGGUGUGGCCUUACAGCCUUUGGCGCGAGUAGUAAACCAGCUGACCAAACUGUUGAUGAUAACAUACCCACUGCCAAAGAUGCAGCAACUGGCCCUCCUGCAGUGAUGCACAGUGCUCUUAAAGAUCUGGAUGCUGAAGAAUCUGCUCUUCUAGUCGCGGAUGUCCCCUCUCCUUUACCUAUUACUCCUAUUACUUCUGUUCCUGUCCCCACCGGUGUUGAGGCACUCACCUCAAGCGAUCCGUUCACACCGCUGUCAGACACGUAUGACUUUCUAACCCCAGACUUGGGACCCAAAAGUGCGAAUUUAGAGUUAGAGCUGACAAACGGCACAGAACGACCCUUCCUGCCCCCCGCGGACCUUAUUAGCUUAGAGAGCCCGCCCUCUGCCCCCUCUCUGCCCAAUGGAGACGGAGCAGACCUCCCCCCCUCAGGUCCAGUUCUGGAGGCAUCAGAGACUCUGGCCAAGACUGCUCCUCCUGUCAACGAUGAGAAGAUUUUCUCUGAUGAGAAAGGCAAACUGGAGGAGGCAGACUUAUCAAACGCCGUGACGGAGAUCGCUGCAGAACACAACAGUGUCAUACAGACAAACCCCACUGAGAGCAAAGCAUGAUGGGCCGGGGGAAAACCCCAGCCCAACCCGAAACAUUUUUUGCAGCAGCAUCGAGUGAGAAACACUGCAGGAGUUUUGAUUUCCAGUGCCCUUAACUACAUGUUUAAAACAACACACACACACACACGCACACACACACACACACACGUCGAUUGGUUAGAGCGCACUUUGGCUGUGCUUCGUUACUGGUUCGUUCAUGAAAUGUUUACUACACCCAAGGAGUUUAUCUUUAGGUCAGAAGAGAUUUAUCUUAUUUUUUUAUUGUUAUUUUAUUUAACUAGUCAGGACAAAGAGAUCGUUAAGAAUUAUCUCUUAUUAUAAUGAUCGCUCGGUAAAUAUGUGAAAUUAGACUACUUUCCUUUGCGCUUUGAGUUUGAGUUACAAGCGCACACAAGUAGUGAAUUAUGAGAAAUGUAAAAAAACAAAAACUGACUAUAUUUAGAAAUUAUUUUUCUUAUUUUCAUGUUCAAAUGUGAAACUGUUUGCUUUUUUUUUUUUUUUUUAAGUUUCGACUCUUAUUUUGGUGGGCUAGUCUCAUUAAAUAGCUUGUUCUGCAUGUCUGACCCGCAAGUGGUUGUAUGGUUGUAAAGUUUUGUUUACAAGGUUUCUGAUUUCGCUUUGUCCGUUACAGGGAUGUGUCAUCUCUCGCAGACACACACUGGCAUCGAUUAAACAUAGGCUCGAGUUCAGUGUUGGGAUUAGAACCUUGUUUGUUAUGUUUAUGAAAACACAGGAUUAACCCAAAGCCUGCUGCAGGAGGAAGAAGACCGACGGGAGAACCGCACACACUGAAAGGGUGUGUGUGUGCAUCAUCAGAUCACAUUUGGCCCAUUUUACGAUCAGAUGUAUUCAGUCAGUCACUGAUGCUCAGCCAAGGGAUGAAGAACCGCAAAUCAAGCGAAUGUCUUAUGAUCUUGCGCUAAAUAUAAGCCAAGUAUUUGUUUGGAGGGCAACAACUACAAUAGCUAUUGUUUCUUCCUCACAUGAAAGCAGAUCAGAGGUCUGGCUUCGUACUUUGAGUUGUGUUUUUGAAGCAAAAAAAAAAGAAAAAAAAAAAAAGAAAGAAAGAAAAAGAAAAGCAUUUUUGUACUAUUUAAAAACUACAAAAGAUUUAUUUUCCAUUUCCUGCCUGCAAGCUUGUGCACCGUGCCUGUGUGUCAAUAGAUUGUCUCGUCAUCAGUUUCUAUGAUAAUCUGCAUAGCUUUGUCGUGAGAGAGUUAGCCUAUUCUUUUUAUUUAAUAUAUUGUAUUAUUCGAAGAAAAGUAUGAUAAAUGGACUAAUGUGGUCAUUAUAACACGUGUAGUGUAUAAAACUGUCCGUCUCUGGUCACAGCACUAUAUAUUGCCAGCUGUAGUGAAGGGAGGUGUUUUGAGCCUUGGCAUGAAUUCAGCCAGUACUUCAUAAUGUAUAACUAUAAAGGCAGAUAGACGUGCCCAUGUUCGUUUGGGGGGAAAAUAUCAUAUCUCAAAUUAAUUUAAUGAGUGUUACCUUAGGGGCUUGUUCUGGCGUCACUGCACAUUGUUUUCAUUUCCCCCCCCCCUCCCGUUGUUAUUAAAGUGUUCUGUAAUGUGGUCUUUGGAUUUCUUUUUUUUUUUUUUUUCUUAAUUUUUUGUCUUUUUUGUACAAAAAUCACUCACCAAGAGCGACUGCUUGACAAGUUGAGGAUGCCACUGGCAGGAAGCAGGGUGGUCCAUCUGAAACAGGAAAUCAAACCUUGUUUUUUUUUUUGUUUGUUUGUUUGUUUGUUUAAAGAUAAAGCUUUAGAUAAUACACGUAAGGAGAGAACUGAACACGACGUGUGAUGUAUAGCAGAGUGAUGUGAGUUUUACUCACCUUUCUGAUGUUAACAGACCACCUUGCUCCCUCAUCUCUGGAUGUUCCUUUUGGUUUUAUUGGGUCAAACUCAGAAAAUAUCUGUUGUGUACUCUCUGAGUGCUAACCCAUUUACAAAAUAAAAAAUGGUUUCCGAAUCUAA